GUCUCUUGUUUACUGGCUAACGCCGUCCCUGCAGCGAGACCAGAGACUCCGCCGGCCCCUUCCUGCGCCAUCCCCUUCCGCCGCGACACAGACUUCGUCGACCGCGGAACGCUACUCGAUCAGAUACGCGAGAAAUGCGCUGCCCCGGCGUCGCGCAUAGCCCUGGUGGGCCUGGGCGGUGUGGGCAAGUCGCAACUCGCUAUUGAGCACUGCUACCAAACCGCGGAUGAAUAUCCAGAGACAUGGGUGUUCUGGGUGCACGCGAGCAAUCCCGCCCGGCUCGAGCAGGGCUUCCGCGACAUCGCCAACCGAGUCAAGCUCGCUGGGCGCAAGGACCCGCAGGCGGACGUGUUCAAGUUGGUGCACGACUGGCUGCGCGACAAGAGCAAGGCGAGGUGGCUGCUGGUGCUCGACAACGCCGACGAUGCGGCCGUCCUCUCGCUAGUAUCCCGAUCUCUGCCUCCGAGCAGGCAUGGCGCUGUCAUCGUGACCAGCCGGACCGAGCGGGCGACGUCGUGCCUGGUCGAGGAUGGCGAUGUCAUACUCAUCAAGCCAAUGCAGAAGGCCGAUGCUCACGCCCUCAUGAACAGAAAACUGGGAGGCAAGGUCGAGCAGGAUGGCAUGACCGAGCUGGCGGAAGCGCUGGAAUACAUGCCGCUCGCUCUCGUGCAGGCGGCCGCGUACAUCAAGAAGCGUGCACCGCGAUGCACGGUGCGCCAGUACCUGGACGAGUUCCGCAGGAACGACGAUACAAAGACAAGUCUCCUAGACUACGAAGCAGGCAGUCUACGGCGGGACAGGGAGGCUAAGAACUCUAUUAUUAUAACGUGGCAGAUCUCGUUUAACUAUAUUCGAGGCGUACGGGAGUCGGCUGCUAACCUCCUAUCUCUGAUGAGCUUCUUUGACCGGCAAGGGCUGCCAGAAUUCCUUCUACACAGCUAUAAAGAGCGACACGGGGGGCAGAGCAUUGUAGCGUCUAGUCAAGAAAGCAGAGAGAGGGAGGUCAGCAAACGUGCAUUUGAAGACGACAUCGUCAUGCUGCAGGAGUUCUCAUUUAUUUCCCUUGCAAUAACUACAGACGCCUUUGAGAUGCACAGCCUUGUGCAGCUAGCUACCCGGAGAUGGCUAGAGAGCCAAGGUCAGUUGGAGCGGUGGAAGCAGCAGUGCAUAGCCAAUCUCUGUGCGGAGUUUCCGCCAGGAUGGUACGAGAACUGGGCGAGAUGCCAAGCGCUCUUCCCACACGCGACAGCAGUGGUAAAGCAGAGACCGAGAAACAACGAGAGUCUUCAGAAGUGGGCGCUGCUGCUGUACAAUGCGGCAUGGUACGCGUGGCAGAAGGGAAGUGCAGGCGAGGCAGAGAUGAUGUCUACAUUAUCAACGGAAGUUAGAGCAAGUUUGUUAGGUAGGAAUAAUGCCAGGACGUUAAGCAGUAUGGAAAUGGUGGGAUUGGCAAGAAACCUAGGGGGACGGUGGAAGGAGGCCGAAGAGCUGUUUGUGCAAGUGAUGGAGACGAGAAAGAGGGUGCUUGGGGAGGAGCAUCCAGACACGCUGACCAGCAUGGCCAACCUGGCGUCGACAAAGAGGGUGCUUGGGGAGGAGCAUCCAGACACGCUGACCAGCAUGAACAACCUCGCGCAUACAUUCAAAGGUCAGGGACUUGCAUUUGAAGCUAUAUCACUACUGGAGAACUGCUGCAGGCUGGAGACGGUAGUUUUGGGCUCUCAACAUCCCUUUACGAUAUCAUCUCGUAACGCUCUUGCAACAUGGCAGUUAGAGGCAAUGGAACUUAGCACGCUGAACAUUACCUAG